CUGGGAUGCUUGCAGGGGUCGUGAUGCUCGUCUCUUGUGUCAGGCGGGAAGAGACACGCUUAGGGUCCGUCUCGAGUGACUCUCCGUCCAAAUUCGGGUAUUCUCGCUGAGAUGAGUGCUUGUAGUGUCGACUUGUGUUAUGCGACGCCACUAGCGCAUGUCUUUGCAAUCGCGAAGACGCUGCUCGAUUGGUUGAUACAUCCUUUCAAAAGUUGCGAUGUGGGCACGAAACUGGAAUCUAGAAACCCUUGCAUAAAUGGGCCUAGUGUGUAGCUCGAAUGGGGAACCACGUGGCGCCCGCGAAUGUGACUGAGGCGCGCGCCUUGCGAGUACCACGCGAUCUAGUUUUGCCACGAACCAUUCCAGAGAUAGCCGUGCAGAAGCUCUGUAGCUUUGCUUUGCAGCGCCUGCUACGAGCGCAAAAUGGGUUCGAAAAUGGGACGACAGCAUUCUGCGGGGUGUCUUCGCAUCCGACGGUGGUUGACUCGUACCAGAGAUCACGAGUACGACGCGAACUCCCCGCGCCAUACCGCAAAACUCGAGAAACCCAUUUUCUCUUCGGACACUGAGAGUCGUACCGUAGAACCCUUCAAUCUGUUUUUGCGCAUGGACCCUGAUUUCUUCUACGCCGUGACUUCCUGCCUGUUUCUCGAUGAACUGCCGCGCCUGUGUGAAGUCUCUCAGUGGUUUCGGGAACGCGUGUGCGAGGGCAACUGCGCCGAACACUCACGAGGUCUAAGGCUGAGUGACGGGCUUGUCCGAUACCUCUUCGAGGUAGACCAGGAAAGGCAGUUCCUGCUGAGAGAGUCACAACGUGUGGCGAUUGAGGUGCCCCAUCCACAUGUCUAUGGCCACAGAGCUGCGGUGAAUCCGAGUGACAGACCGAUUACUGCUGGCACACCAACGCCGCACACAGCCCAGUCGGCUUCGUACAGUCCACGCGUUUUUGCAGGAGAGGAACACAACCAGUCAAAUCGCUUACCCGGAGGCGGCUAUGCGGGGGUAGCUUCACAUUUGAUUCACGAUGGCGGGGCUGCAGGGGAGACAAAGCCAGCUGCUGUGUUUGGUGUGCACAAAUAUCGAGAGGUAGCCUGUGGAAUGAGCCCAGACGCGCGAUCUUCAAAUGUGCAGGAGGGAUCGGGUGUCGUUCCAACCUGUACGUAUCAGCUGCUUCCCGGGGAGCAGCGCAGACCUGUCAUGGAGGGGCUUCUCCAGCGGUUGCUCACUACAAAGCCCCGCUUGCGAGUGCUGGUUGUCAACUGCAAAGAAGACGUUCCUGUAGCAAACGUGCUGGCUGAGACGCUGAUGCCCACACAGAGCCGUGGGAACAGUGACGUGAAAAAGGUUGGCCCUACGGAUGAUGAACUCCUGCUAAAUGCUCUUUUCAAUCCUGGAAGAAUAUUCGAGCGUUUGGACGACGCGUCGGAGUCGAUUUUCCAUAUAAGCAGGCUGGCCGCCUGUGACUUCAUUGCGGAUGGCGUAUUCGAGGAGACCUGCCUCCAAUUUUCCGUAUCUCAAGGAAUCGUCGUGCAGCACUACGGAGAAAUUCUGAAUCUUCAGGAGCCCGUGCUCCCUUCGCUCGGCGUUUUGGCUCCUCCGGACUGGCUGGCAAGCAGCGCAGGGGCCGCAUUUCGCAAGCGAGUUCAAACGUUUGUCGAUCACCUUGAGGCCUGCCUUCUGGUUCUUCCUGUCGAUUGCUCGGGAACCGUGGAGGUGCUCUCCGAAGAGGUUAUCAGCUUUCUUCGUGAACGCCGCCACAAAAUCGUGGGUUUCGAACUAAGACGAACAUCGACAGUUGUCCCGGAGCGUGCCACACCUGCGAUGACGGACCUACUGAUUUCGAACAUGUUCCUGGAGACUUCCUCUGUGUUACGCAUUGCGCGUAUCACAUGCCGCACGCGACUCGAGGUUCAUCAAAGUUUUAUCGCGGGAAUUGUGGGUCUGAUUAAACAAACCCCAACACUCGAUGUGGUGGAGGUGUCUGUUGUGCGAUCGACUUCCGAGGCACACACGCCUCAGUACCGGCAGCAAUUGGAUGCCACGCGCCGUGACCUCCGAGAGAUGCUAUCAAAAGGAGGUUUCUACGAUCGUGAAGUAAACACAGAGAGGUGCGAUGUGCUGCUGUUUUUUCGGAAAACGAAGAUGCCAACAGGUGCGCACAACUGGAAGCUUCACAGAAAGGGGUACGACCGCGGCAGAUUUUCCAAAGCGUGACCAUCUUCGCCUCAAGUGGCCAGCUGCUGCAUUAGGAAAGGAAGUUGUUAGUGAAGACUAGUGACGGUGAAGACAGGCUCCGCUCGCCCUCCACGGGACGAGGUCCAUAUCGGAAACGCUGUUAAAUACAGUGCAGUUGAAAGAAGGCACGACUGUACGUUUUAGCAUAUUCACUUUCUGAACUUGGCAUACACAAGAAAUGACUUUUCUGCUCAACCGCAUUCGCGCUUGGCAAGCGUGCACCACUGUUUCUUGUCAAUUCGAGUAAACUUCCCAGCGCAUAUCACCGCGGCAGCGAUUUGCUGAAUCGGUUCUGCGAACGAGACAGGUGUGUUAAUAAUACCGCGCCAUUUCUACAGUGAUGCCUCGCUAACCUUGAUUCUGGUCCCAAGCAAGGGCGGCUCAUUUCCACAUCAACAUUCACAUCGUGGUCUCUCACUUGGUCUCGUGUGAGCAAGUUCCGUUCAAGAAUGAUUCGUACAUAGAAACUUGCAAAAUAUUCGUUCGGUGGCAUCUGUGGUCACAGACUGCUGUUCUGUACGGUCAACCCAACGUAUGGCCUUCUAUUGCCGUCCUAGGGUUAAACUGCCUCGAAUUCAGUCAACAAGAUUUGGGAUUCGCGGCAAUAGUGUCCCAAGUUUCACAGAUGCUCAGAUGUGGGGGACGGAGUUGACGGUGAGACGAGCGGGUCAAAAUCAACGAAAAUCCCCAUAUCGCAGAGGCCGAGGAGCUCAGCCCGAAUAUUGACAGUUGGCUUUGUCUGUACUCAGAUUAUUUGUGCCUCUCUGAAUGUAAUUGCUGCAGGGUAUCUUCUUCAGGCAGUUUCGAGAACAGGGAACACAAACGUAGCUGAUCUCGUUGGUUCUCCUCCCGGCAAAUGAAAGCACCUUAGCCCUCGGCGAAAACUGUGACACUAGGCGCCCCACAAAGUCUCUAGGAGAGGAGCACUUAGUUCCAGUCUUUUUCUGAACGACGGCGCUGUUCUGAAGCAUACGCCACGAUGCCGCCGUCGCCGG